AUGGAUAUCUCGAAGAUGGAACGUUAUCAUGGACCGGUUGCCCAUUCGAGCCUCGGGUAUCUCACCAUUGGAUUGGGUGGUCUUGGCCUUUUCUUUGUGGCCCUCUUCUUUGUGUACGAGGUGACAUCAACGAAAUAUUCGCGAAAGAUCACUCGGGAAGUGUUGUUGGCGGCUUUCUCUGCCCUCUUCCUUGGGUUCGGCACUUUGUUCCUUCUUCUAUGGGUCGGCAUCUACGUU